UUUUACUAUACUUUAUAUUUUAUAUCUAUGAAAUUUUAUACUAUAUUUUAUAUUUUAUAUCAAUGAAAUUAAAUGACACGCUAUAUAUGGUGCGCGGACGCAUCUCAGUAAGAAAUUAUUUUUAACCGAUAUUUUUAACCGAUUAGUGUGGUGCAAUGGUAUAUUAACGUUGAUAAGUGUUAUCAUUAUAAAAUUAAAAAUUGCGAUAAGAGAUAGUGAAAUACGGUUAUAUAAGUAGGACAUAUCCAACUGAUGUACAUUUGUUUCCAUAAAAACGAAAGAUCUUUGACGCAAAGUGUGUGUUUAAAGUCUACAAGAACGAUUUUAUCAAUAAACUGAACAGUGCUAUCAUCGUGGACUGUUCUCCGUAAAAUAAUACUACUUUUCUCGUGUCGUAACAAUCAAGGUCCAAAAAGAGGACGAGAUAAUAUUAAACCGAUCACUAUUUCAACAAAAAAUGAUUGUUGCUUUACUACUAACAUGCUUCUUUCUCGUGCUUUUACAUCAUUAUAUCGUCCAUUUUGGAAGAAAGGGGCGACUUAUCGACCGUAUACCAGGACCCAUGUCAUUUCCUAUUAUAGGCAAUAUUAAUGGAUGGAGGAAUUCGCCAGAGGAAAUGUGGCGAAUUUUUCGCGAUUCAGCAAGAACAUAUUAUCCAAUUAUGAAGAUAUGGCUUUUUGCAAUUCCAAACGUUUUCAUUUCUCAUCCGGACGAUAUAGAGAAAAUUCUAAACAGCACGAAGCACAUGGUGAAAGGUUAUCAAUAUAAUCUUCUACAAUCUUGGCUAGGCGAUGGUCUUCUCAUAAGCACAGGAAUGAAAUGGCAAAAAAGACGAAAGAUAUUAACGCCUGCAUUUCAUUUUUCUAUAUUGAAACAAUUCGUUGAGGUCUUGAUCGAGGAGGGCAAUCGCGCAGCGAAAUCUUUCAGUGAUACGGAAGAGUCAGUUAUCAACGAUUUGCAGCUUUUUACCAGUUAUCAUACAUUAAACGCAAUAUGUGAAACCUCCAUGGGCACUUCUUUGCAAAGUGGUCCAUUUCAGCAAAAAUAUCGUCAGACUGUUUACGAUAUGGGUAAAAUUUUCUACAACAGGCUAUUCAAGCCUUGGUUUUUAAAUGACACAAUAUUCAGUUUUACGUCAUUGAGUAGCGCACAUAAAGAAUAUUUGAACAUCCUGCACUCAUUCACCUCAAAAAUUAUCGCAGAAAGAAAGCGUUAUCAUGAACAAACUGGAGGACAGUAUUUGAAAUAUUUUGAAAACGACACAGAAAAUGAGGAAGCAACAGGGAGUAAAAUUAAAAAGAGACGAAUGGCCAUGUUGGAUAUUUUGAUUGCGGAAUCUCGUAAUAGCGGUCUGACUGAUUUGGACAUCAGAGAAGAAGUCGAUACCUUUGUGUUCGAGGGUCACGAUACUGUAGCGAUAGCUAUAUGUUUCAAUCUACUAUUGUUAGCUGAACAUAAAGAUAUUCAGGAUCGCGUAAGAAAAGAAAUUAGUGACGUAAUGCAGGAAAAUGACGGGAAACUUAAUAUGAACGCGUUGCAGAAUCUAUCAUAUUUGGAGAUGUGCUUAAAAGAAUCAAUGAGAAUGUAUCCUAGUGUUCCUAUCAUAUCGCGCGUUUGUACCGAAGAUGUGAAAUUACAGUCAUAUUUGGUGCCAGAAAGCACAACGGUGCAACUCCUCAUCUACGAUCUUCAUCAUAAUGCUAAGAUUUGGCCGAAUCCGGAGGUAUUUAAUCCAGACAGAUUCUUACCAGAGAAUAUAAAGACUCGUCAUUCUUACUCCUAUUUACCAUUCAGCGCGGGGCCACGAAAUUGCAUAGGUCAACGAUUCGCCAUCUUGGAGAUGAAGGCCCUAAUAGCUCCUCUUGUGCAUAACUUCCACUUAGAACCUAUUGAUUAUUUGAAAGAUGUCUCAUUGAAAGUGGACUUUGUACUACGUACUACGCGUUCGAUUCGCAUGAAAGUCAUUCCAAUCAAACAUACGUAGUCAUUUAAUAUUAAUAUUGAUUGGUAAGGAAUAAUCGAUCAGUUUUUAGUAACAUAUCAAGAAAUUCCUGAGAAACUGCUAAGUAAUCUAAUGCGUGAAUUAUGAAUAUAUCAGACCAACGAUUUGCAAUGUUGAAAAUGAAGGACAUAAUAUCUUCUUCAAUAUACAAUUAAUUUAAUUUAAUUAAUUUAAUUAAUUUAAA